AUGGCCACCACAUUGACGCAUCAGCCCGCCGCGGCCGGCUCAGCAACAACAACAGCCGCUCCCUUCUCCACGUCCUGGUCCUCAAGAUAUCGAGGCGCCACAGUCGAAGACCUCGAUCCCCCCGCAGCCCUCUCCCUCAACCCCUCCGACGCAAUCUCCCUCGCCCUCCUCUCCGCCUUCGAGCGCGAAUACACCCACCUCACCGUCGUCGACUCCGAAACCCGCGCCCUCCUCGGCUACAUCUCCAUCCCGCACCUGCAGUCCCUCCUCGAGGCCGGUCGCGUCAAGCCCGAGGACCCCCUCUCCGCCGCCAUGACGCGCUUCCAGCGCAAGGGCCGCACCUAUCGCGUCAUCACCAUGCAGACGCCCCUCGAGGAGCUCGAGGCCUUCUUCCGCGGCGACAAGCCCGACGGGCAGUGGCAGGAGGAGUUUGCGGUCAUCACGGACGAGAAUAGGCGGUUCGUGCUGGGUGUUGCCACGGUGCAGGAUUUGGAGGAGUUUGUCAAGAGGAGGCCUGCUUAG